GCUUUGAAAGUGGAUUAAGUCGGUAUAUGUGGUACGAAGAAUAAGUUCCACCGAAAUGCUUGUUGCCUAUGAAAUGAAAAAUGAAUGGAUGAAUGAGUUAUACGUCCGUAUAUCCUGCCUGAUUGGCGCAGCGCGAAGACUAAGUUCCGUUCCGGUGCUCCAUCUCCAUCCCUUGCGCUGAGGUCGUCGUCACCUAGCUUGGGCAGGGCAGGGGAAGGUCUCCCGACUCCCCACACCCACAUCCGCGUCAGCUACCUCAUUUCCCAGCCGCCCAGCCGUGCCAUUCCGCUAUAAAUUCCUUGCCACCUCCAUAGAAAAGCCCAUCCCAAGCGACGCAACAAAUAUAGCCUACCUGUUUUCGUCUUCCUCUGUACUAGAAAGCAAGAUCGAAGCAGAGGAGACAUCAUCCUCUCUCCAAAGAAACAGAGGAGACAUGGCCAAGGUGCACCCCAGCAACGCCGGCGCCACCAAUACUAGCAGAGCAGCAUCAGUUGAGGAAGAACGCCCCACGGUGCUGACGGUGUGGCGCAAGUCUCUGCUCUUCAACUGCGACGGCUUCACCGUCUUCGAUGCCAAGGGCAACCUCGCCUUCCGCGUCGACUGCUACGCCGCCUUCCGCAGGCGCGCCGAGGUCGUGCUCAUGGACGUCGCCGGCAAGCCGCUCCUCACCGUCCGGCGCAAGAAGCUGAGCCUUGCGGAGCACUGGGUCAUCUACGACGGCGACGGCGCCGUGAAGCCGCUCCUCUCCGUCCGCCGCCGCGUCAGCCUCCGCCGCGCCUCCAAGACGCUUGCCCACGUUACGGCGCUCUCUCCUAGCGGCGUCCCCGCCGAGGCGUACGUGGUGGAGGGCUCGUACGGCCGGCGGGCCUGCGCGGUGCGCGACGCGCGCGGGGACGCGGUGGCGGAGGUGCGGCGGAAGGAGUCCGUGGGGGACGACGUGUUCCGGCUGGUCGCUGAUCCCCGCCUGGGCGCGCCGCUGGCCAUGGGACUCGUCAUCGCCCUCGACGAGAUGUUCGGGGUUGGCUCCACGCGGUCGUUCCUGCGCCGGACCUGGUCGGCGCAGUAACCCGCAAAGCCGCCGACAGCCAGGCCAUAUAUGUCAGAGCCAAGUCUCUACUGUAGACUACAGACCUCUCUGCUUAUAGAUCAGGAAGACACGCACCAAGCUUCGUCUCCCACCAAAGAAGAAAGAAGAAGACGACGAGAGUGUUGAGUUGGAUGCUGGAAGAAAAAGAAGACGACGACGACGAGAGUGUUGAGUUGGAUGCUCAAUUGCCUGUACCUACCAGUUUCGUUUUCAUUGCCUUGGUCUUCUUCUUCGUCCUCCACCCGUAUUAAGUGGAUGAUGAAGCUGAGUUCAAUUGUAGGAGUCAUUUUAGCGCACUGCUGGCUUGUACAUGAAUUUUUUUGUUCUGGCAGAAACACGCGAAGUUCGUCUGAA